GGGAGGGGAUGGGGAUGGGAAUGUGCAGCGAUAGGAUCCAGCCAGUGUGGAGCGUUCAUUCGGCUCCAAGCAAACACACAAUCGGCAUCUGUAAGGCACUGACAGACUGUGGGAGUGGGAAACUUUCCUCACUUUUCCCUUCUUCCCCAAGGAUACACUUCCCCCUGUAUGGCCAUGCAGAUUGGUGCGCUCACCCCGAGGAUACAAGAUCUUAAGAUGGCCAUGGACGAGCUGACCGAUAUCGGCAGAAGACUUGGUCGGCUUGUCGAUUGGGCUGGCUGGAAAAUUAUGAUCGGGCUCCUUUGAAGGUGUAUAUUGUAAUGUCUGCACAAUGUUCCAGCCAAUCUUCAUCACUGGUGUUAGGCCACCGAAACAACUGACUGAACAUUGGCUUUUACGUUGACAACAGUGCUUUGGAGCAAUAAAUCACUCUACUACUGAUCCCAUUGUGACAAAAAUUAGUGACGGUCAAAACUCAAUGUAAUUGAUUUAAACUAUUGACUUUACUGCAGUCCAACCUGGAAAGGGGAGAUAGUUGUUGAAUAGAGGAGCACGCCUCCCCGAUAGAGCCUGAUAAUGAGAAACCCUGAGAGAUCAGUGAAUCUUAGUCUGUGGUGUCUGCUAAGGCUUGGAGCACCACAGUGACCCCCAGACAAAGCCCUAAACAAAAUGAGCAAACUGAACUUCCACAACAAUCGAGUCAUGCAGGACCGACGGAGCGUAUGUGUCUUCCUACCAAACGAUGAUACUUUGAAUAUCAUUAUAAAUGUUAAAGCACUUUGUCAGGAGUUACUGGAGCAAGUCUGUGACCUCCUGCAUUUGAAAGACUGUCAUCUCUUUGGCUUGAGCGUAAUACAAAACAAUGAGCAUGUUUAUAUGGAGCUUUCGCAGAAGCUUUAUAAGUACUGCCCUAAGGAAUGGAAGAAAGAAGCUAGCAAAGGUAUUGACCAGUUUGGCCCACCUAUGAUUAUUCAUUUUCGAGUGCAAUAUUAUGUUGAAAAUGGUAGAUUAAUAAGUGACAGAACAGCAAGAUAUUACUAUUACUGCCACCUGAGAAAACAAGUGCUACACUCCCAGUGUACGCAGAGAGAAGAGGCCUACUUCCUACUGGCUGCCUUUGCUCUUCAGGCCGAUAUGGGCAACUUCAAAAGGAACAAGCACUACGGAAAAUAUUUUGAGCCAGAAGCCUACUUCCCUUCUUGGGUGAUAAAGAAGAGAGGGAAGGACUACAUCUUAAAGCACAUUCCAAACAUUCAUCGUGACCAAUUUGCUCUGACCGUGUCGGAAGCACACCUUAUGUAUAUUAAAGAGGCAGCCAGGCUUGAUGAUGUUGCUGUGCAUUACUACAACUUGUAUAAGGAUAAAAGAGAAAUUGAAGCAUCAUUGAUUCUUGGGCUCACAUUAAGAGGAAUCCAAAUCUUUCAGAGUUCAGAUGAAGGGAAGCAAUUGCUGUAUGACUUCCCUUGGACAAAUGUAGGAAAGCUAGUGUUUGUGGGAAAGAAAUUUGAAAUUUUACCAGAUGGCUUACCCUCAGCCAGAAAGUUGAUCUACUAUACUGGCUGCUCUGUCCGCUCUCGACAUCUUCUUCAGCUGCUUAGCAAUAGCCACCGUCUCUACAUGAACCUGCAACCUGUUCUGCGCCAAGUCCGGAAGCUAGAAGAACAUGAAGAAAAGAAACAGUACAGGGAAUCAUACAUCAGUGACACUCUGGAUCAGGACAUGGAUCAGUUAGAGAAGCGUUCUCGUGCCAGUGGCAGCAGUGCGGGCAGUGCCAAGCACAAGCGUCUCUCCAGGCACUCCACAACAAGCCACAGCAGCUCACACACCUCAGGGAUAGAGGCAGAUACUAAGCACAGGGACAUUGGGCCAGAAGACAGUUUCUCGGGGACAUCACUUCACAGAAAGCUGAAAACCUGCAGCUCUAUGACGAGCAACAGCAGCUCCCACACUUCUGGGGCAGAGAGUGCUGGGAAGGACAGGCUGGAAGAUGACUCUCAAGAUGAUGAAAUAGAGAUGUUGGUUGAUGAUCCAAAAGAUCUUGACUUGCCCUUGGACAUCAGCCCCGACUUGUGUAUUUAUAUCACAGAAGACAUGCUGGUUUCCCAACAACUAAACGGACAUUCAGGUUUGGUUGUUAAAGAAGUAAACUCAUCAACUUCUAGUUCCUCGGAAACUGUGGUGAAGCUGCGUGGCCAAAGCAUUGACUCUUUACCACAGACGGCUUGCAGAAAACCAAAGACUUCUACAGACCGGCACAGUUUAAGUCUGGAUGACAUCCGUUUGUACCAGAAAGACUUUUUACAAAUUGCGGGCCUCAAUCAGGAAACAGCCCAGAGCUAUACAUUUGGCUGCGGUCACGACCUGCAUGAGAGAGGCCUUUACUGCAAUGGCUGUCUCGCUCAACAAUGCAUCAACAUUAAAGAACCUCUUUUAGCCAAGAAAGCGAGUAAAUAUUUUUCUCUGGAUCUCACACACGAUGACUUCCCAGAAUUUGUAGUGUAACCCAGAAUUCUUAUAUCCAGGCCUGGCUGCCUGUUUGCCAAACAGCAUAUAGGAAGAGCAAUAUCUUUCUAAGUACUUUUCUGUUACAAAUAAGACAAUCAAACAUUAUUUUCAGUAACCUAAAUGAUGUUCGUUUUACAAGGUACCAUAUUUUUUUCUGAUUUUUGCAUCCAGGAUAUUUUUAUCUUAUACACGUGAAGAGCAUUUGUCUGAAAUUCAGUGCCAUUGGAAAUACGUGCAAGCCAAAGUUAAGAAAAACUCUUGCCAAUAACAGGAGGAAGAAAGGAGAUAACAGUGGUCGAACGAGUUUCACAUAUAGGAAAAAUGGACAUGAAUUUUUGUUAUCCCAAUCCAGAUGGAUGCAUCGUGAAUUAAGCUAUGCUAAGACCUGUAGUAUUAUAAACCGCAAUAAUGCCAUGUUAAUGUUCUCUUUAAGGAAUUGCGCAUUAUGUGAAACCUGAGGAUUUAUAAUGCCCAUGUACUGGGGACCUAUUUACUUUUUCCAAAGAGGCAAACUUCUUGCCCAGCAAGGGGGAUACAGAAAGCUGAUGCACCUCCUUCAGCCAUUCUAUUUGUGUAUACAGCAGCUUGAAUAGCUUUGAAGACAUUGUAAUAGAAACAUUUUUGGAACUACUCGUGGUGUCAUGAUAGGAAAAGGUAAAUUAUCACCAAAAGAUUUGUAUUUAUUCCACAUGUGUACAUUCUACAAUGAACUCCCAACACUUGAAAGGGCAGUACACCAUGAUGUUAGUGAUAGGACUUUGGCUGAGCAAACAGGGGAAUUGAAACUACUCCAUGUUUGGUUCUUGCAAGGCAGAUAAUUAGAUUCCCUGUGGACAGAUAAUCCCCCAGCACAAUGGACUUCUACUUAUCUGUCCUCUGGGAAUCUAGCAAUCUACCUUGCAAGAACCAAACAUGGAGUUGCUUUACUUUCCCUGUUUAGCUCAAGAAAUAAGAAAAAACAUGGAUUUUUCAUGAUUAGAACAGUAGGAAAAUGGUAUGUUCAGCCCAAGCCCUGUUAAUUGAACUCAUGUUGAAAAGAAUACAUAAUGUAUAAUUGAAUGGUCCCUUCUGAGCCCUCUGCUGAUCUGUCCACACAAGUGCUAGACUAAGCAACAGAUGCAUUAAGCAUCUCCUGAUUCUUCUCUGCUCAGUUCUGUGUCUCCUAUCACAUUGAGCCCCUGUCCCAGAGAGAACUGCAAACAGUGAACCUGUUAGAAUGACAAGAUACUGGCAGUGUAAAAAACAUUAAUACACUGUCUAUAACGCCUCGUAUGAAAAUGUGAAACCCCUAUUUUAAGAAAGAAAUCUCAGUUGAAAGUAGUGGCACUCAAUCUCAAGCAUUGACUUUGCUGAGCUCUACAUGCUGAAUGAAAGAUAUAUAUCAAGGUUUUAUGGGUGUUUUUUUUGUUUUGACAGUUGAUCUCAUUAAGUAUUUUUAUACAUCCUGUAAAAUAUAUCAAAUGUUACGUGUAUAUAUAUAUAUACUGUAUAUAUAUCUAUGGGUCUUAUAGGCUCUUUAUUCAAAUGCUAAUUUUAGCUUGUUAGUACAAUGAUACAUUGAAGGGCUCAACAAAUUGUUCAUGUGUACUUGUGCCGGCCGCUCAUAAUUCACACGCAGGACACUACAUUACGGAGCAGUGAUAUUCAGCCUGUGGCACUCAAUUGAUAAUUCAAUACAAACCCCUAGCUAUCUAAGGUUGCUGAGGAUUUUACUUUUAGAAGUUGGUGGGGACAGAACUUGUACUUUGCUGGUGUAGAGAAUGGCAAAUUGACUUCUAUUUAUCCAUGUGUUGAGAAACCCCAUUUUGCAGGUUUUAUAACCAAACAACUUUAUGCACUUCCACCCCUCCCCCAUUUUAAAACACCAUCAUGUGAAAUUCUUUUAAGGGAUACCCACUCAUACAGGGAGUCAUUUAUUGAAGCAGUGCAGGGCAGAUGAUACAUUUGACCGACAUGAAUUUCUUCCAGGUACAUAGAGGGGCAAUGACGCAUCUUUUAAUUCAUUUUGGCAUAUGUAGCUGCUAAAGGCUGAGACAGAGCAUGUCAUGGAUAGAUUGGGGAAGGACAUUUGCACAGCUUUGGUGUCCCUGAUUUUUCUUCCAGCUGUAUUCAGCAAAUGUAGCUCUGUGCUUCUGCCUUGCUAGUUAGAGGUUAAUACACAGGCCUGGCUGAGGCACAGAUAUCACUGCCAUUGGCCAAUCGGAUUCAUGGAAAUAGUGCCUGGGGUAAAGACUCAUCAUUCUGAUUGGUGUGCUUGCUAAGAGCACAAAUUAUAGCACAGUAUCUAUUUCAUAUGAAAACUUUAUUUUAUUUUUUUUUUACUGUAUGUUUUUUCUAAAUGCUUAAAUAUUGUCCUUUUCUAACAUUCAGGCUUUUGCAAGGAAAAAAAAACCUAUUUUUGUAUUGUUUUUGUAUCGAGAUUUUUUUUAUAUCACUCAUUGCAUAUAAUCAGUGUUAAUACUGUUUUGUUAAAAGUAGGAUUGUGUGUAGUGCAGAAUAUUGCUAGCAACACUUCGUUGUACAUGCUGUUCUCAUUCUGUAUCUCUUAUAACUGAAGCUUCAUAGCUUUGUAAAUAGGUAGGCAGCAAAAUGCUUAGUAUGGUAACAAAUGGGUUCAGGCCAUUCUAUCUCUGAUAUUGGCAUAGGAUUAUAUAUUAUGUGCUGACCUCUGCGUAACUAUUACUGCUACAGGGAAAACUGCUACAUUUGGAGGGUGGUGGAAAAGAAUUUUGAUUCAUUUGUUGUGUGGGGCAAGUUAACUAACAAGAUGCCAAUUGCCGCCAUGUUUUCCAAGUAGCAGUCAGUGGAUGGGGAAUGUCAGUUCUUCAGGUUGUACUGGCAGGUGGAUUCUGUUUUUUAUAGCCUUGGAUGUAUGUACAAUAAAAAUAUUAGGGCUGCUGAAGAAAGCCAUCCGUUCAAAAGAAUGAAAAGCGGUAUGUUUUCUAUAUAGUAACAAAAUAUAUCCUCAGUGUGUAUGGGGGGGGUCAGAAUAUCCACACCCAUAUUUAUUUAUUUAAUGAAAUGUAAACCCUCAAAAUCAGUUAAUCUAAAGUUGCUCAGAGUAGUCGUCUAAGCACUUCAAUUCACGUUAUUGGUUUUCCAGUUUUGAAAACCAAUAUAACGAAUUUGAAACAACAUCGCCACCUGCUGUUCAUUUCAGCCAACUGGCUGCAGUCAGCUGAGGAGAGUCUUGUGAUGUAGCUCUGCUUGGAAUUGUCAGAUGACUCUUUUCUGCUCUCUAACUUAAUCUCCUAAAAUGAACAACUUCACAAGUGAAUUUUCACCUGACUGUCAGACAAAACGAAGAGCAGGUCGGGCCUUUUUCAGAAAAAGGGCAUUCUGCUCAUAUACCCAGAUCAUGUUUCAAACUGCCCAGCUAAUGUUGGCAUCGCCCUGCUAAUAUGCAAAGUCUGCACAAUAUAAUGAUUACAUGCCAUCUGUAUGGAGGUUGCUGCUAUAGAAUCUCACUGUCAAUCACAUCAUAUUUCAGAGUUUACAACAAUAUCUUAAAGAGUAAAGGGUCACCCACUUCAUACAGUACAGUGGGAAUAAUGAGAAUGGAAGAUGUUUCAUUGGUUCUGGAUUUAAAAAAAAAAAGCAUAUAUAUAUAUAUAAUACACAAAA